AUGAAGAUCACAUCCGGCAUCAGUCUCGCCAUACUGGCAGUAUCGAACGUGGCGGCCUCCAACCACGAAGCCAGAUGGACCGGCUCUCUAAGUACUCGGGCCAACGCUGCUGCCGCCGCCAUCGCCCGCCGACAGAUUGAGAUCGGGGGCUUGAAGCUCGGUGGCGGGGGAAAUCAAACUGCCGCCGAGGGCCAGGGCGAGGCUCGACAGGGAGAUCAGCGACAGAAGGGAGGGAAUGGUGGGUUGACUAUUGGGGGUCUCACACUUGGGGGUCCUGGAGGAGGCAUCACGGGUAACGGGCUUAACUUGGGUGGAGGGAAUCAGCAGGCCCAGCAGGAACAGGGCCAGCGAGGGCAAGCUCAGGAAGGCCAGGCAAGAGAGGGUCAGAAGAUUGAGGAGAAUCAGCAGGGUCUGAAUGGAACAGCAGGAGAACGUCCAAACCAAGAGGGCCAGAAGGCCGAGGGAGUCAAGGAGGCGGAGAGCGGCGAGAAGAAAGCCCAAGCCGAGGUCGAGCAGGGCCAAAGAGAAGCACAGAAAGGUCUUGAAGAGGCUGCUGCCGCCUUGAACAACGCAACUCAAGCCGCCACUGGAGCUGAAGGGCAGAAGGAAGGGGCGGCUGCAAAUGCAGAAGAGGCUCUGAAGGGUCAACUACAAGAAGGCGAACGACAGCAAGCCGCGGAACAGCGGCCGGCUGAGCAAGCUGCUGAGGGAGAGAAGAACGGCAACAAGGCAGUCGAAGAAUCGGAGCGGUUCUCGGAAGGGUUCGGGAUCACACUUGAUGCCUCCGGGAAUGCCGUGAACUCGGGUGGAAACUUGGGCAUUACCCAAGGCAGUGAUGGCAGCAAGAGCGUUGGUGGUUCAAAUGGCAUCAAUAUCGCUCCCGACGGCACAGCGACAAUUGCUGGGAAUGAGACGGAAUAG